GUAUAAAAAUGGUAGAACUCAGAGCGCUUCAGCUCCACUCACUCUAUGUUUAGAACUGCCUCUCUUUCAAGAUGGAUUUCCUUCAUAGGAAUGGAGUGCUCGUUAUUCAGCAUUUGCAGAAGGACUACCGAGCUUACUACAGUUUUCUAAAUUUUAUGUCCAAUGUUGGAGAUCCCCGGAAUAUCUUUUCUAUUUAUUUUCCACUUUGGUUUCAACUUAAUCAGACAGUUGGAACUAAGAUGAUAUGGGUAGCAGUCAUUGGGGAUUGGUUCAAUCUUAUUUUUAAAUGGAUAUUAUUUGGUCAUCGGCCUUACUGGUGGGUUCAAGAAACUCAGAUUUACCCAAAUCACUCAAGUCCAUGCCUUGAACAGUUCCCUACUACAUGUGAAACAGGUCCAGGAAGUCCGUCUGGCCAUGCAAUGGGUUCAUCAUGUGUCUGGUAUGUCAUGGUGACAGCGGCCCUGAGCCAUACCAUCAGUCAGAUGGAUAAGUCUCUUAUCACUCUGCACAGACUGACUUGGUCAUUUCUUUGGAGUCUUUUUUGGUUGAUUCAAAUCAGUGUCUGCAUCUCCAGAGUAUUCAUAGCAACACAUUUUCCUCAUCAAGUUAUUCUUGGAGUAAUUGGUGGCGUCCUGGUAGCGGCGGUCUUUGAAUACACUCCAGGUAUCCAAGCAGCCAGCCUGAGCGCAUACCUGAAGACCAAUCUGUUCCUCUUCCUGUUUGCCCUUGGCUUUUACCUGCUUCUCAGACUUCUUGACAUCGACCUGCUGUGGUCCGUGCCCGUAGCCAAGAAAUGGUGCGCCAACCCCGACUGGAUCCACAUUGACACCACGCCUUUUGCCGGACUUGUGAGAAACCUCGGGGUCCUCUUCGGCUUGGGCUUUGCGAUUCACUCAGAGAUGUUCCUCAAAAGCUGUCGAGGAGAAAACGGCUGCAGGCUGAGCUUCCGGCUGCUCUGUGCCCUGGUCUCGUUGACCACCCUGCAGCUCUACCAUUUCAUCAAGAUCCCCACUGACACCGAGUAUUUGUUUUACGUGCUGUCUUUCUGUAAAAGUGCGUCCAUCCCACUGACUGUGGUUGCCCUGAUUCCCUACUGUAUUCAUAUGCUAAUGAAACCAAGUGCCAAAAAGCUUAAUUAGAAUUGUGUGGAGGGUUAGUGCCUGUGGCCCCAGGAUGACGCUACCCCAUCCUCACAGAGGACCAACAGGGCAGAGAGAAACUGGAGGCUGCCAGUUGGAGGUCACAAAUGGCAGCCAUAAGACCCAGUCCAUUCACAUGUAUGUUUAGUUUGGCCUUCAGAGUUGCCUGUGUU